CUCAGCUCGAUCCAAGAAAUCAACCGGAUCAACCAGCGCGAGCUAGAGCUCGGCCUCACAGGCAAGGGAUCAUGGCACCAUCAGUACAGCGAUUCGGCGUAUGUCCACGUUGGUGGGCUGAGCUUUGAGAUGACGGAGGGGGAUGUGCUGGCGGUGAUGUCUCAAUGGGGUGAAAUUAUGGACAUCAACAUGCCCCGGGACAAGGAGACGGGCAAGCCCCGGGGUUUCGCUUUCAUCAUGUAUGAAGACCAACGGAGUACUGUGCUGGCGGUGGAUAAUAUGAAUGGGGCGUUGGUAUUGGGACGGAUGUUGAAGGUGGACCAUGUACACAAGUACGAGCAGCCAGGGAAGCGGGACGAGGAGGGCAAAUAUCAAAAACCGGAGGAACCGACGUAUAACGCCGUGCCGCCAGAACUUUCCGGUGAGUCUUCUCGUCUACUUCGGAGAGAAGAAGAUCCCAACUUUGACGCCGACGACCCAAUGGCCGCUUUCCUCCGAGAAGAGCGGAGGAAAAAUAAGCCAAAGAAGCUCAAGGAUGGGGAUAGCAAGGAGGCGAAGCGGCGCCGGAAGGAGGAGCGGAGGCGGAAGCGGGAGGAGAAGGAGCGGAAGAGG